AUGUCUAAUUGUCUAUUGAUAGCACAAAGCAGCGUGGCAUUCAGCAAAAUGGACAAAUUUUGUAUUAAAACCCUGGAAUUUAUCAUUGAAAAAACUUUAGCCCUCUCAAACAUACGCUCCUCAAUGUCUUUUGAAAACAGAUGGGUCUUAAGAUCCGCUCUAAACUUCGUAAGUGAUGGAGAAGUAGUCAGAGAAGUAGGUAGAGAGUUCCAGAGAAAAGGGCCAGAAAAAGCAAAAGCAGAUUUAGCAAAAGAGUGUUUAACACGAGUUAAAAAGAAGCGAGAACAAGAAGACGAUCGUAAACCGGGGCGUUUAGGUUCAAUUAAUAUAUCUGAUAAGUAUUUGGAAAAUAAUUUACAUUGUAAACAUAAACGUGCAAAUUUUAAAAAUUAUUCUAUAUUUUAUAGGGGGCCAGUGCAAGAGAACAUGGAGAUAUAUGAAAAAAGAAAGGAACACGAGCAACAGAGUUAA